UGUAUGUACGGUGCUGUAAAUGCUCCGUAGGGUAUCUGAGCCCGUACCGUCCGGCCCGUACCACUCAGCCAAACCUUCAUGCUCCAACGAAGGUUCCUCUUCUCCCCUCACGGGUAUCACAAGCUCUAGACAAAAUACCAACUCCAAGCUCGUCAUAAAGGACAGCCGAAGGCGCAACCAUCGCAAGAACCGCCGAUCGUUCACACCAGACCAGUUCCUCAAGCACACGCAACCAUACGCACACAUACCUACACAAUGGUACAUACCAAGGGACCCGCCCCGCAGCACCACGAUGGCAGUGGCCUGCGCAUCGGCAUCAUCCACGCCCGCUGGAACGACACCAUCAUUGAGCCGUUGCUCGCGGGAACCAAGGCCAAGUUGCUUGAGUGCGGCGUCAAGGAGUCCAACAUUGUGGUCCAGUCGGUUCCUGGUUCGUGGGAGCUUCCAAUUGCUGUCCAACGGCUCUACUCAGCAUCGCAAGUCCAGUCCUCCUCGUCCGGUAUUGGUACCAGCGCCGGCGAUCUCCUGGGCAGCUCGACGACCGACCUCGCCUCUUUGAGCAACACCGCUGCAUCUGCGGUGUCGACAGGCCCCUUCGACGCCCUGAUCGCCAUUGGCGUGCUGAUCAAGGGCGAGACGAUGCACUUCGAGUACAUUGCCGACACGGUGUCGCAGGGCCUGAUGCGCGUGUCGCUCGACACGGGCGUGCCCGUCAUUUUCGGUGUCCUUACCGUGCUCACCGAGGAGCAGGCGCAGGCGAGGGCCGGCCUCAUCCCUGGAAGCCAUAACCAUGGUGAGGACUGGGGUCUUGCGGCUGUUGAGAUGGCUGUCAAGCGCAAGGAUUGGGCUGCCGGCAAAAUUGAGUAACGGUCGAUCAUGUGGGUUGGGACGAGGAUCACGAAGAGGAGACAUAUAACCAAUAUAGAAACGCUUGCAGUUUCAUAAGCUUCACAUCAAGAGAGAAAUUUCAUAUACGGUGGCGGCCAGUCAAUAUGCAUGGGACCCAUUUCUAGCCUGGUGUGUUCGUACUCUAGACGCGGGGAAAGGGAGGUGACCAAGAGCACUUUGUGACACGACUGAUGCUUCGUGUGAUGAAAACUUUGCACAGUCGAAGGACACGCAGGUCUCGUCCCAAUGAGAGGAUGCACCGCUUUACUAAUGGCUAGAACUCCAUGCCAGGUUGAGAUGCGCUCGAUGCGCUCGAUGACAACGUGGGC